AUGCAAAGUAUAUUUGUGUUAACCAUUCCUCUGGUUAUUAGAAAUGGUGGCCAUAUAUUUGGCCCGAAAGAAGUGCGGCAUAUAUUGGUCUUAAGGUGCAUAUCGGGCGCCACCUCACUAUUCCUCGAGUUCUAUGCCUUCAGACUCUUACCACUCGUCGACGCGUCGAUUAUCACGUUUUCAAUAGUAGUGUUUGUGUCUAUGUUUGCCUGUGUUUUCCUUAAGGAGUCGUGCGGUAUAUUCCAGACAAUUAUCGUAAUGUUGACAAUGUUUGGCGUCAUUCUUACCACCAAAUGUUUGGACACAUUCUUUCAGCCGACAGCACAUCCAAUGUCACAGAAUUCAACACAUUUUAUCAAUUCAACAACAAAUGGCCACCUAUCGUUGGGUUUACUCUCAUUUAGUGGUCAAGCGUUGAUGACUUUGGCCCUACAGUCAGAACAGGCCGGACCCGUGGCUGUGGUCAGAGAGUCCACUGAUAUUAUACUAUCAUUUGUAUUUGACAUCACGUUAUUUCAUAUAAUUCCCGACAUUUGGUCAAUCAGUGGCGCGACUGUUGUCUUCAUUUGCAUACUAUUAACCAGUUUUCAUAAAUGGCUUCAAAGCAGAGAUACUGAACCGAAAGCAAAAUAA